UUUUUUGCUGUUGCUAAUUCAUAUUCUUAUUUCAUUUUCCUAUGCAAUGCGUUAGCAAUUAUGCAAGCAAUGCAAUUAGCAACAGCCAUUCAAACCCUGGAGACAACACCAUCACGUAUUCCUCAACGGAAACGAAUUGUUUCAGAUACAGUUUCUGCAACAGGUACAACACCUAGACCUUCACGGCUGUCGGUAACAACAUCAUCACGUACUAAUGGCACUACUACAGCGACUAGGAAAACAGCUUCUGAUUCCGCAAGUCCAGCUCCUGCAAGUAAUGGAGGCAUGAGUAGAUCAUCCAGUAUACCAGCUUUAACAGGUUUCGGCUUCAAAUAUAGCCGGCAAUCAAGGAUUCAAACUGUACGCAGACUUUGUGGGGCCUAUUUUUACAUGCAGGCACACUUUUAUCCCGUUAUCUCUGGAAUGAAUAGUCGAAUACAAUUUUUCUUAAAUGAUGCAGUUAAGAAUACCGUUAUUUUUGUCGCCAGAUUACACAGAAAUUAA